AUGCUGUAUUCUCUCUCUUCAGGCUAUGACUUCUGCCAGGUCCUCCAGUGGUUUGCUGAGCGUGUUGACCGCAUCAUCCUCCUCUUUGAUGCCCAUAAGCUGGAUAUUUCUGAUGAGUUCUCGGAGGCUAUUAAAUCAUUCCGUGGCCAGGAUGACAAGAUUCGAGUGGUGCUGAACAAGGCUGACCAGGUGGACACCCAGCAGUUGAUGAGGGUCUAUGGUGCACUCAUGUGGUCCCUCGGAAAGGUGAUUAACACUCCAGAGGUGUUGCGAGUCUACAUUGGUUCUUUUUGGGCCCAGCCUCUACAAAACACGGAGAACCGCAGGCUCUUUGAGGUGGAAGCCCAGGAUCUCUUCCGAGACAUUCAGAGUCUCCCACAGAAGGCAGCUGUGCGAAAACUCAAUGAUCUCAUCAAGAGGGCAAGACUUGCAAAGGUAAGACAGGAAUAGAGCCAACUUUAUUUUCA